UCUUCCUGUCAGACCCGAAACGCCGCCGGUUUAGUCCGCGAAAGCGCUUUCCGAUGAGGCACGCACGCGCGGCGCACCUAGAGUGACGACACACUUGAGUCCUCGGCCAGACGUCAUUUCCGGAACGCUUCCUUCGCGGAGCUUUGUGGGUACCCGCCGGGGUCUCCUGGCGACGACGAUGGCGGGGGACGUGGGCUGCCGCAGCUGCACGGAUUCAGAGCUGUUGCUGCUGCACCCGGAGCUGCUGUCCCAGGAGUUCCUUCUCCUCACGCUGGAGCAGAAGAACAUAGCUGUUGAAAAUGACAUAAGAAUAAACAAAGAUAAUCUUACUGAUCUUUAUGUUCAGCAUGCAAUACCAUUGCCCCAGAGAGAUUUGCCAAAGAACAGAUGGGGGAAAAUGAUGGAAAAGAAAAGAGAACAACAUGAGCUAAAAAAUGAGACUAAAAGGAGUAGUGCUGUAGAUGUGUCAAAGAAAAGACCCCUCAUUGUGUUUGAUGGAAGUUCAACAAGUACAAGCAUAAAAGUGAAAAAGACAGACAAUGGAGAUAAUGAUCGACUCAAGGCUCCCCCUCAGGCGAGCUUUACCAGUAAUGCCUUUCGAAAAUUAUCAAAUUCCUCUUCAAGUGUCUCACCCCUAAUCUUGUCUUCCAAUUUGCCUAUGAACAAUAAAAUGGAACACAAUAAUAAUGACACUAAACAGAAUCAUGACUUAACGCACAGGAAAAGCCCUUUGGGCCCUGUGAAGUUGCCACCUCUGUCCCCUGUGGGGACUACUCCUGUGAAGUUAAAGCGAGCUGCUCCUAAAGAAGAAGCCGAGGCCAUGAAUAACCUGAAGCCCCCAGAAGCAAAAAGGAAGAUACAACAUGUUACAUGGCCAUGAAGGAAAGUUUCCAAAAAUAAACACUUACUGAAAGGCUUCCAGUAUGCUCUAAGUUGCUUAGGUGUUGAGAAUAUACUGAUGAACAAGAUGUCACCUCUGGC